AUGUCAAGUGAUAGUGAUUCGGAGGAUAUUGCAGCUGCACUCGCUAAGAAACGUGCUGAACGAGCAAAGAAAUUUGCUAUUUCAGAUAGUGAUGAUGAUGAUGACAUUAAACCAACAACCAAGAAAACUACAACAAAAAAAUUUUCAAUUUCAGACAGCGAUUCUGAUGAUGAAGACAUCAAACCAACUGCUAAGAAAACAUCAACAAAGAAAGCAUCAUCCGAUGACUUAAGUGACGACGAUGAAGAUAUUGCAGCUGCACUCGCUAAGAAACGUGCUGAACGAGCAAAGAAAUUUGCUAUUUCAGAUAGUGAUGAUGACGAUGAUAUAAAACCUGCUGUUAAGAAAACUACAACCAAGAAAUUCUCAAUUUCAGAUAGUGAUGAUGAUGAUGACAUUAAACCAACAACCAAGAAAACUACAACCAAGAAAUUCUCAAUUUCAGAUAGUGAUGACGAUGAAGACAUCAAACCAACUGCUAAGAAAACAUCAACAAAGAAAGCAUCAUCCGAUGACUUAAGUGAUGACGACGAAGAUAUUGAGGCUACGCUUGCUAAGAAACGUGCUGAACGAGCAAAGAAAUUUGCUAUUUCAGAUAGUGAUGACGAUGAUGAUGUAAAACCAGUUACUAAGAAAACUACAACCAAGAAAUUCUCAAUUUCAGAUAGUGAUGAUGAUGACAUUAAACCAACAACCAAGAAAACUACAACAAAAAAAUUUUCAAUUUCAGACAGCGAUUCUGAUGACGAUGAAAUUAAACCACCUACCAAGAAAACAUCAACAAAGAAAGCAUCAUCCGAUGAUUUAAGUGACGAUGAUGAAGAUAUUGCAGCUGCACUCGCUAAGAAACGUGCUGAACGAGCAAAGAAAUUUGCUAUUUCAGAUAGUGAUGAUGACGAUGAAGACAUCAAACCAACAACUAAGAAAACUACAACAAAAAAAGAAGAGUCAUCCGAUGAUUUAAGUGACUCAGAUGAAGACAUCAAACCAACCGCUAAGAAAACAUCAACAAAGAAAGAGUUAUCAGAUGAUUUAAGCGACGAUGAAGACACCAAACCAGUCACUAAGAAAACUACAACAAAGAAAUUUUCAAUUUCAGACAGCGAUUCUGAUGAUGAAGACAUCAAACCAACUGCUAAGAAAACAUCAACAAAGAAAGCAUCAUCCGAUGAUUUAAGUGACGAUGAUGAAGAUAUUGAAGCUGCACUCGCUAAGAAACGUGCUGAACGAGCAAAGAAAUUUGCUAUUUCAGAUAGUGAUGAUGACGAUGAUGCAAAACCAACAACCAGGAAAGCCACUGAUAAAAAAGCAGUAUCUAGCAGUGACUCAGAUGAAGACAUCAAACCAACCGCUAAGAAAACAUCAACAAAAAAAGAAGAGUCAUCCGAUGAUUUAAAUGAUGACGACGAUGGAGUUGGAGCUUUAUUAAAGAAAAAAAAAGAAGAAAGAGCAAAAAGGGAUGCUGAGUUUGCAAAAUUAACAGGAGGUGAUGUUGAUAAUAAAGUAAAGGAAGCAAUUGCUAAAAAGGAUCAAAAAGUUUCAAGUUCAGAAAGUGACAGUGAAGAAGAAAAGAAAGAUACUCAUGUUGUUGAUUCUGAAGAAGAAGAAAAGAAAGAAGAAGAGGCUGAUAAAAAAGCAAUGGAAGAACAAAAGAAGAAAGAUGAAGAAUUUAAGAAAAAGCAUGAGAAAGAAGAUCCUGUUAUGAAAAGAGCAAGAGAAAGACAAGAAAGACUUAAACAAAUACAAGCCGCAAGAGAGGCUGCUAGAAGAGAAGCUGAAGAGAGAAGAAAUAAAAAGCAAGAAGAACGUUUAAGAAUUGAAAAAGAAAGAGCAGACCAAAGAAAACAACGUGAAUUAGAGAAUUUAAGGUUACAAGAACAACUUAGAAAACAAAAAGAAGAAGAAGAGAAAAAAAAGAGAGAGGAAGAAGAAGCUGAUCAACAAAAGAAACUUGAGAGAAUAAGAAAAGUUGCUGCUGCAGAAAUUGAGGAAAAAGAAAAAGAAUUAGCAGAAGCAAAACAAGGAGAAGAUCCUAUGGUUGCUUAUAGAAGAAGACAAGCUGAAAGACAGGCUGAAAGAGAAAAGGCCCGUAAAGAAAGAGAGGAGAAAAAGAAGGAAGAAAUGGCUAAGAAAGCUGCCCAAAGAGCUGCUAUGCGAAAACAAGCUGACGAAGAAUUAAAACAAUUUGAAGCAUCUUUAAAUACUCAAAGAGAUGCUGAUAAGAAAGCUGCUGAUGAAGAAAAGAAAAAGAAAGAAGAACAAAGACGUGCUGAACGAAAGGCUCGUUUAUUGAAAUAA